AUGGUGAUGGUGAAGCUUAAAGCUUUUGACAAGUUUGACAACACGUCUGACGCUCUUGAAGCUGUGGCUAAGUUGUUGGAGGGAGCUCCCAGCAAGGGUCUCCUUUUUAUUUGGCAGGUUGAUACAAUGAUUAUCCAAGCUAUUGGUCUGCUUGAUGAUCUUGACAAAGAGCUCAACACUUACGCUAUGAGGGUUCGUGAAUGGUACGGUUGGCAUUUUCCCGAGCUUGCCAAGAUCAUAAGUGAAAAUAUCCUAUAUGCUAAGUCUGAUAAAUUAAUGGGAAAUCGGGUUAAUGCAGCAAAACUAGACUUCUCUGAGGUAAAGCCUCAAUUCAAUGGUUUCAUUAUAGACUGCUUUAGAGCCUUUCCACAUAGUAUUACACUUUCUUCACAGUGUAUUCAAGCUUGA